AUGAAGUCGAAAAAAGGAAAUAAUAAUAAUAAUAAUAUAAAUAUUAAUAUUAGUAAUAAUAAUAAUAGUAUAAAUGGAAAAUUUCUAUGGCAAUUUUUCAUAUUAGUUUCCGUUUUGAUAACAUUAACGGAUGGAAUAAGAGUUUACGAGGGUACAAAUUUCGAACCUCCACAAAAAAUUAAACCGGAAAAAACGGGUUUAUCUAAAAAAUCAUUGUACAUAAGUAAAAGAAGUUGGAAUCCUUCGGAUGAUGGUUACGGUGGUAAACUCCAGGUCGGGCACGGUAAAAAUGACAAAUGGAAAAAUUUAUCGAAUGGAAAAAAAACAAACGGACAAAACGAUUUUCCGACAUUGUAUAAAAUAAUAUUCAACGAGAAAAAUUCCAGGCAAUAUGUUAAGUAUAUAAAAGAAAUUCCGAGACUCGAAGAAUAUACUUUUUGCAUGUGGUAUAAACCCCUGGAUUUAUCACACAAUCACGUUUUAUUCUCGUAUUCCAUGAACAAAAAGGAAAACCUAUUGAAAUUUUGGAUAAAUUCAAACGAUUCGACUCUACGUAUGGCUAUAAGAGAAAAUUUAGUUUAUAAAGUUCCAGGACACAUAAGGAAAAAUAAAUGGCAUCACAUUUGUCAAUCCUGGAACGGUCUCUUAGGAGAAUGGCAAAUAUUUUUAGAUGGUAAAAGAAUCGGACGUGGAAUAUUACCCAUGUACAAAGAAACUUACAUUCCAGAAAAGGGUGACGUCGUUUUGGGACAAGAAUAUAAUAUAAAUUCGGAAAAAAAUGCCGUCGUCGAAUACGAAGGUAUAACCGGUGAAAUUUUCGGUUUUAAUUUAGUCGACGAAUCCGUACCUGGAGAACAGGGAAAUUUUAUCAAUUCCCAAUAUAAACCGAAUAUCAUCAGAUCAUCCGUUUUACCAUUUAAAAAAUUACCGCUCAUGAAAAAAAAUUACCAACAGAUAAAAGCUUACAUUUCGAAAUUACCGAAUCAUCCACCGGAAAAAGUAAAAAAUGGCGACGGAAGUAGAGAAAGAGGUGAUAAUCGUCACGGAUCUAAAAGAACGAGAGAUCCUAUGGUAGGACCGAAACGUUACAGAGGACCCCCUAGACAUCGUUUUCCACCAUCCAGAAAAGUCAUCAUGUAUGGUAACAAUAGAGAAAGUAAAAAUUUAAAAAUCGAAUUGGGAAAAAACGAAACCAUCGGAAUUGAAAAUGAAAAUUUCGACGAUGUCAUCGACGGCGAAACAUCGACAGAAGAAGAAAUAAUCGUGGAAACCGCGACGGACGGUGACGUCAUCGAUAACGACGCGCGUAAAAAACAAAUCUACGAUGAAAAUUAUUCCAUACACAGUUACAGACUGGGAAAAGACGGUAAGAAAAGUACCAAUUAUGAAAUAUACGAAAGCGUCGAAGAUGAUGAGGCGAUGAAGCCGACGGAAAACGAAUCCGGACCCUUGGCUUUGGAAAGGAAAGCUCGUAAAAAUUUCGAUUUGUUCACGGCGAGAGAAGCCAACAAAGUCUACACUCUGUCGAAUGCCGUGAGAGAUUCGAAAAAGCCAAAAUAUCAUUUCGAAAUAAAUCCCUACGUGGAUGAAAGACAGAAAAAGAAUAUAAUUUUCGAUAAGGAAACACCGACGUUGACGGUGUCGACAUCUCAUGACGAAACGACAAAAAGAACGGAAAGAAAACCUUCGGAUCCGAUACCCGUUUACGAAACGGAAGUUGUUUUGCUCAGACAAAAACGAAAUCCCGGGGAUUCGGUAUUAACGGAAGGUUUCAGACAUCUUCCGGACAUUCCGGAUAGUUUCAUUAACGUAUUUAUUAAAAAUGGUUCGAAAAUGGAGAUCCAAGAAAAAAUUGAUGAAUUUUUUCCUACAAAUGUAACGGCGACGGAAAAUUCGAACGUAGUAUUUUUAUCGAAAGUAUCGACAACAGCACCAGCACCAGCAGUAGGGUCACUAUUAUCAUCAUCAACGUCGAAACCAAUAACUCGAUCUAACCCGACGGCGGCGACGGCGACGGAAAAACCAAAAGUAAUUUCCCACCAACUUUAUCAAAUCCCGGUUGCGGUUGUUCCUCUCGUACCACUUCAAACUUCGCAAAUAUUAAAUCCACCCUACCUACCCCAAACACCUCCGGUACAUUUUCAACCCAUCGCUCCCGAACACGUACCCGAAGUACCAUUCAUCAAAUUACCUCCGACUCCUUCGGAAACGGAUUUCUUCGAUGUUGAUCCCCAGCAAAAAUUAUCCGAAAGAAAUUACGGAAACCAAGAACAAGAAGAAGAAGAAGAACAAGAAGAAGGAGAAGGAGAAAUUUCGAUGGGAGGCUACGAAAUGACGACCACGAGUGCGACUCCCAUUCAAUCGGCUGGUAAAAAAUUCGACGUCACUUCCGGUACCGAAUUGAUUAUGAGAGCCUACGGUUUGUGUACGAACAAUAGGGGAUCCCCGGUAUCCGAUAGAAAUCACAUCGUUAUAUCGUGGUCGGAAACACCGAUGAGAAUUUUCGGUGGUGCCGAAGUCGUCAUUGCCAAAAACGAAUGUGGAAAUUUUUAA